GCCAAGUCCCACAUGGGCACGAUGAUCAAAGCGGACACUGUGCGCUUGAAGUCGGCCGGAGAUACCAUCGCGCCGCCCGACAACUGCAAGACUCUUAGGCCAUGCGGGGACAAGCCCUGCACCACCAGUUCCCAACUCCUGCGCAUUGCCGCAGAG